UGUGAGAAGGAGGAGCGUUUAAGUGCUGAGGAUCAUCAUAAUACUGCAGGAAACUCUUCAAAUGAAAGCAACUCAAGUCCUUUUGAUAUCUUCCUCAAGAAGAAGGUAGUGGGACUAAAACCCUCCAUUCUGGAACUGAACAGAGAAAAGAGAAAACCAGCUAAGGGGUACACUGGAAUUGUUAUUAGACCUGGAAUAAUGGUACUUCUCAAGAACUUCUUGUCAAUGUCAAUAAAUGAUCAAGUAAGUAUUGUGAACAAAUGUCGUCAGCUUGGUUUGGGUGAAGGAGGCUUCUAUCAACCUGGUUAUCAAAAUGGAGGGUUAUUGCAUUUGAAAAUUAUGUGCCUUGGGAAAAACUGGGACUGUGAAACGCGUUGAUAUGGAGAGACUCGACCAGUUGAUGGUUCUGUUCCGCCUCAAAUUCCUGUUGAAUUCAGUCAGCUUGUUGAGAAAGCGAUUAAAGAAUCACAGUCCCUAGUUGCUACAUAUUCAAAGAAGAUGAAGGGAGGAGAUGAAAUACCACUUAUGUUGCCUGACAUCUGUAUUGUUAACUUCUACACAUCCACCGGGAGCCUUGGUCUCCAUCAGGACAAAGGUGAGAGCGAAAAUUCCAUCCGGAAAGGAUUACCUAUUGCUUCAUUUUCUGUAGGAGAUUCAGCCGAGUUCUUGUUUGGUGAUCAGAGGAAUGUUGACAAAGCAGAAGCUUUCAUCUUGGAGUCUGGAGAUGUUCUAAUAUCCGGUGGAAGAUCAAGAAGUGUCUUCCAUGGCGUCAGAUCAAUUCGUAAGGAUACUGCUCCCAAGGCUCGUGUUCAGAAAACAAGCCUCAGGCCAGGUCGCCUGAAUCUGACUUUUAGACAGUACUAGAGAUUAUGAUCAAACUCAUGAUUGAUGCUGCAGCUCCUGCACUUAUAUUUACUAAUUUAUGCACUAAACACAGUUUGCAAGUAGGAACAGAACACAACACAUCAUUUUUUCAAACUAGCAUACAGCAUAUUUAUCAUAAUUACAGACAAAAUGAUGAAUAGUGAGUAUAGACUGAAUCCAGAUUUUUUAAUUAAAA